UUUGUUUUGCAAGAUGCGCUUUAAUUUCUCCGCAAGCCUUAAGUUGGUAAAUACCAGCAAAAGCCACAAAUUAUGGUGUAUAAACGUGCGUAGCUUCUCUGGCACUAUUCAAACCGAUGAUGCAGUGACUAAAGCCGUGCGACCCCCGCCUGCGAAGUCCGCAAGUGUCGGAGAAAAUAUAAACACAGAGCAGCGCUCGCUCCACAUUGCAGUUAUUGGAGUGCCAAAUGUCGGCAAAAGCACUUUCAUCAACAACAUUAUCAACCACAGGGUCUGCCCCACCUCUGCCAAGGUGCACACUACCCGCCAGUCGAAUACCGCCAUUUGUACCGCGGGCCAAACGCAGCUCGUCUUUUACGACACGCCCGGCUUGGUGACCCAGCGCGAGAUUCGGAAGCAUCACCUGGAGCAAAGCUUCAAGAGUGCUUAUCGCCAUGCAAUACAACAUGCUGACAUCAUCGCCGUCCUGCAUGACGCCUCGAAUGGCUGGACGAGGAAGGAGCUCCAUCCUACGGUCCUGGACACGCUGAAGGCCUACACGCACUUGCCCAGUUUUCUCGUACUGAACAAGAUAGACACCCUAAAGUCUAAGCGCGUGCUGCUGGACCUAAUCAAGACAUUGACCAACGACAGUCUGACAAGUAGGCGUGGUGUUCAGAAUGCUAGACAUGCUUCAACUGCUACGGGGACUGAUCAACCGGCUGGAGGCAACCGCCUAAACCAGCGCGAGACCAGCUGGGGCCACUUUAGCGACGUGUUUCUUGUUUCGGCCUUGACGGGCACCGGCCUGAAUGAGCUGCAGGACUAUCUAGCUGUCCAGGCCAAGUCAAGGCAGUGGAGAUUUCCCUCCGAUGUGCACACCGACGCCAGCCCAGAGGCAUUGAUUGUGGAAAGCGUGAGGGCACGUCUGCUGGACUACUUGCCACAGGAGAUUCCCUACAAUCUGAAGUGCGAGCUAGAGUACUACAGUGUGGAGAAACAUGUUGUAUAUACUUCCGUGCAGGUGCAGUGUCCCACAACGCGAAUUGAGCGUUUAAUCUGUGGCGAGGGCAACGGCAAGCUGCGCCAGAUUACGGAACGAGUCACCUCGGAUUUGGUGGAGAUGUUCGGACAAGCGGUUUCUCUCACCAUUUCCACGGUGUCUAAGGGAAAAAAGAGUACGGCCGAGGCUUAAAAUUUGUGCUUCAAACAUUUUUGUUAUAUUUAGUUUAAUUACAACGUUGCGUAAACCUACAAA